UCUGUAUAGAUGAGUCCAAGACCUUUUUUCAUGAAGGCUGUUAAACGAAUUGACAACGAUGUGGAAAAUGGAAAGUUGGAGGUCAAAGAGAAGUCGAUACGUAACAAUAUGCUUGUCACUGUACACAACAAGUCAUUGCUAUCAGGAAUUGCAUACUGUAUAUCUUCAUGUGGCAUGAUAUUAGUUAAUAAAUACGUCCUUUCGAGCUAUAACUUUAAUGCAGGAAUAUCCUUGAUGCUCUAUCAGAACUUUGUCUCUGUUGUUGUGGUUUCUAUGUUGAGCUUCUUUGGUGUAAUUUCCACGGAACCACUCACGUUGAGGCUGAUCAAAGUCUGGUUACCUGUCAAUGUUAUAUUUGUCGGAAUGCUUGUCACAAGUAUGUUCAGUUUGAAGUACCUAAAUGUUGCUAUGGUCACUGUUCUGAAGAAUGUUACUAAUGUGAUUACUGCUGUUGGUGAAAUGUAUAUAUUCAACAAACACCAUGAUAGUCGAGUGUGGACCGCUCUUUUACUGAUGAUUGUUUCAGCAGUCUCUGGAGGAAUUACAGACCUAUCUUUUCAUGCUACUGGUUAUACAUGGCAGAUUAUCAAUUGUUUCUUGACAGCAUCAUAUUCUUUGACUCUACGUCGAAUCAUGGACACUGCUAAACAAGUGACGAAAUCAGGGAACCUGGAUGAAUUCUCAAUGGUUCUGCUAAAUAAUACCCUUUCAUUGCCUUUAGGCCUUCUCCUUGUAUUAGUGUUCAAUGAAGUUGAUUACCUCUCCACGACACCACUAUUACAAUUGCCAACAUUUUGGAUUGUGACAACAUUAAGUGGAUUUUUGGGCUUAGCUAUUAGCUUCACAUCUAUGUGGUUUCUUCAUCAAACAAGUGCAACUACAUAUAGCCUUGUGGGAUCACUAAAUAAGAUACCUCUCUCUGUUGCUGGUAUUUUCCUUUUCAAUGUCCCAACUAGUCUUGACAACACUGCCAGUAUAUUUUUUGGCCUCUUGGCUGGAGUAUUUUUCGCCCGAGCAAAAAUGCAGGAGAAAUCUCAAUCUUAAUACAACAACAUACUCAGUGUAAUUCC